AUGGCCCCCUCAUCUAUCGCCCAGGAUCAUGGCCAUCCUGACUCCCAGCCACCUACCGUCGCUGCCUUUACUCCCUCCACUAUUGCUGGCUCGGCUUUGACGUCGCGACAGCGCUCCAGCGUCAUCGUGCAUCGAAAAUCACCACUCUUGGUGGCCACACCACCCGCCAUAACCAGGGCAUUAGCCUACUCACACCCCUUCCUCCUCCCAUUAAACAAAUUUGUGGGUCUUAUAACAUGGACCACUGGAGACCCAUGGCAGAGCUUUUUGCUCGUGGCCACCUUCUGGGCAGUGGUGUUGUACAGUGACGCCAUCAUUCUCUGGGCAGGCCCUUUACUCGUUGUAGUAGGGCUGAUCCUGGGUAUGUAUGGAAGGCGAUACUCACCUUUGUCAUCAACGAUUUCAACGGGUGAAAAGCAUCAGCGCAGCCCCUCCACGGACAGUACCACCCGCCACCAAAAAAGUCUAGACGAUAUCGUUGAGACGUUACGCACUUUGACCGCAAGAUGCAAUAUACUCCUGGAGCCCCUAUUAGACUUGACCGAUUUUUUGUCCACACAACGGACGGCAACAUCAGCAACGACCCGACCUGCGCUGAUAGCUCUAUUUAUUCGCAUCCUUCUCGUAACGCCAGUUUGGAUCGCCUUGACUCUCCCCCCAUUUUACCUGAUCACCACACGCCGUAUCGUCAUCACUGUCGGUACCGUCGUUCUUACCUACCACUCGCGACCCGCAAGGGUCUCACGCGUCAUUUUAUGGAGAUCUCGUCUUGUACGCCGGCUGUGUGCCGUGGUCACAGGAUUGUCGGUCACCGAGCCCCCACCCAACUCCCAAAAGGCCCAAGCUCAGGGAAUGGGGUUGAACAUUUCAACCAAACGCCGAAGGGAAUCUGGCGGAGUUCGAUUCACCUUCGUUGUUUACGAGAACCAACGGCGUUGGCUCGGAAUCGGAUGGACCUACUCGCUAUUCCCAUCGGAGCGUGGCGCCUGGACAGAUGAGCACUUGAAUCCUGUUCCGUCGAAGGACUCAUUCGAACUACCGGAUGUCCGGACAGGUGACGCAAAAUGGCGAUGGGCGUCAGGAACCGAGUGGCGCAUCGAAGGUGGAGAAACCACCGGCAAGUCAGAAACCAAGGCUACGAGUGAAGGAUGGAUCUACUAUGACAACAAGUGGAAUGAUGGACGCCGUGGUCAAGAUGGAUGGGACCGAUACACACGCCGCCGCAAAUGGUUCCGCGAUGCAGAGCUUGUCGACGUGGAUCAUGACGAGCCAAAUGCCUCCGAGGAAACCGUAUCCAACCUCACACAAGCAAUUGAAAAAGAAAAGCAAGGAGGAGAGCAAGGAGAUAGCGGAAAGGAAACCGAUGCCGACCGCAUCAGCCUCUCGUCCACCACCCCACUCAAGAACCGACGUCGACGCUGGUUUAGUGGCAAAGAAAAGGAUCAUACAACCAGUGACGGGUCACCCGAUACUGGCCGCUCUACUGGAGCGAAUGCCGAUGGGGCGGGAAGCACACGAUCUGCAUCGUCGCGUCCCAUAAGUAUUCAAGGCUCCCGGAAGUCCCAUGGCCGGGAGGGCAGUGUCGCAACGAGCGAUAGUGCCAGCCAACGCGAACGAGAGCAAGACCAUCUUGACCGUUGGUCAAUCCGAGCUGCCGAUGGGACCGAAAGGGCAGAGCGUGAAUUUGGGUUAAGUGACGAGGUGAAUAUGGGGCUGAGCUGA